AUGACCAUAUCAAGCCCUAUGAAUUGUGGCAUCGUGCUAAUUGCGCUUGCCUUGAUAAUGACAGUCAACUGUGCUCUCACCCAUGCUCUCUUCAGACAGCCUCCGAUAGUGGAAGGAGCGCAGCUUAGCGGUCAGGACCAGGAAGAAGAGGAGAGAAUGUGGGUGGAUGCUGUCCCCAAAAUUGAGGUAAAUGAAGAAAAUACGAUGGAUGAUGUUGAAACCAAGCGAACCAUGGAAGAAGAGGAGGAGGAGGACCGAGAAAUGGAAGCUAAGCGGCGAGCUGAAGAAGAGGAGUUUACACGACAGAUUCACAUUGAAAAAUUUAAGCGAACUUUAUUGCAACGCCUACAUCUGACCGCCCCUCCAGACUUCAGUCGUCACGGUGGAAUGGCUAAUCGAACUCAUGGAAGACGUAUGCUUCGGUCUCUUCCAUUGGCGCUUCAAGGGCGCCUAUUAAAUCAAAUGCGCGCUGAAGAUGGAGCAGCGGAGCCACCACCGGAUAGGACAGACGAGAGGGAAACACUUAUCCUUCUCAAACACCUGCAUUGGAGGCUUCCAAAAGUCGCUUCUUCCACCUUUGGAAUCGAAAUGGCGGACGAUAUCGACCCCUCGAGAAUACAAUCAGCUUUUCUUCGAUUUGAAACAAAGAACCCGAUGCUGAAGGGCCAGCAGCUAGAAGUAUGGGAAAUCUUCAUGAGUCCGCGGGAUCAGGAAGAGGAACUGACGAACGAAUCUGCUGAUCGAUCUUCUUCAGAACAGUACAAUAAUUUGACGUGGAUGUUUGAACGACAAUCAACGGGAUAUACGAGCCUUCCAGCACCUGCAGUUAUUCGUGGAUCUCUUAGCUCCCCAAUCGAACACCGUCGAACAGGUUCGAUUCGCAUUCGUCCAGGUCGUCUAGCGGAAACAUUUGUACCAAGUUGCCCAGGUUUAGUUCAAGUCACCUUUGAAAUCAGUGGCACCUUUGCUCAAUGGAUGUCACAUAGGCGACGAAUGCCGCUGAUGCGAAAAUUAGUCCGUUCUCUUCUUGUUGUUUGCCCUCAGUGCAGCAGCCACGUCGAUCCUGUUGAUGUUAAUAAGGGAAUUCUCGAAAUUCAUCAUCGCAACGUCGUCCGACGCACGCGGAGGUCACUUGACUCCAACGGUUCUCAUCACGUUCCCAUUGGUAAUCCGUGUAGCCCAAAGGGACACAAAUUCAGCUGUUGCACACAACCUUUUUCACUGAACUUGGAGGAUGUUGGCUGGAAUAAUUGGAUUCUUCACCCGAAAACCGUUGAACCCAAUUAUUGCCAUGGUUCUUGCCAGGCUGACGGAAUUCAAAAGACUCCGCACUCUGACCUGAUGCACAUGUACCGGAGCCAAAAUUACGACCACCUGUCCGAGGUUCAACGAGAAGCGAUGCUGUCCUGCUGUCACCCCGUCAAGAUGGCGAGCACCAGUGUGCUUUAUGUGGAUCCCGACAACGAGUUGCAUAUGGACACCCUCCACAAUAUCAUUGUCCUAGAGUGUGGUUGCAGUUGA